AUGGCGGAAAACAACUUGUCCUUAACGGCUUCGCGUUGUCCCGGGGCUGACGCAGUGCGUGAAGACUCCGUCUCCCGUCAUACGGUCACUGGCUGCAAAAUGGCCGUCCUGCGCGGACCUGCCAACGGGGCACGGGGCGCGCGUGUGGCUGUGGGCUUCACGUGGGAGGAGGGGCAGUUCUUGGACCUGUACAAGGCCAUGAUGUUGGAGAGCAACAACCAAGUGUCCAUAGGAGAGUCCGCUGAGCAGAUUCUGGGGUCACUGACUGCUUCCCGAGAGCCACAGAAAAUGACCGAGUCUCAGGUAACGUUAUUGUUUAAGGACGUGGCUGUGAACUUCACCUCGGAGGAGUGGCAGCUACUUGGCACUGCUCAGAAGGACCUGUAUUGCGAUGUGAUGUUGGAAAAUUACAGCAACCUGGCAUCACUGGAAGAAGCCUGGCAAGCGAAUGACGACACAGACCAGCGCCAGGAAAACUCUGACAAGCCCGACCCUGUGAGCAUAAAUCAUGUAAGUAAGAAAGUGGACGAGUUAAAUGCACCUGAGAAAUUGUUACUUCAUGCUGUGCAUGAAAAUGUUCACUGUGGGACUAACAGCUAUGAAGACAAUCACUGUGGGAGAGCUGUCCAUAAGAAGCCAGGUCUCAGUCUGCACCAGAGAAUUCACACCAGAGAGAAGCCCUAUCGCUGUGUCGAAUGCAGGAAAACUUUCGUCUGGAAGAGCCACCUCGUUCUCCAUCAGAGAACUCACACUGGAGAGAAACCGUACGGCUGCAAUGACUGUGGGAGACUUUUCUCUCAGAAAUCGCAGCUCAUUGUCCAUCAGAGAACACACACGGGAGAGAAGACCUACGAAUGCACCGAGUGUCCCAAAGCUUUCAUCCGGAAGGCAGACCUCAUUUUACACCAGAGAACGCACACAGGCGAGAAACCUUACGAGUGCCGCGAGUGUCAGAAAGCCUUUUGUAGCAAGUCUCAACUGACUAUCCACCAGAGGCGGCAUUCAGGAGAGAAGCCCUAUGAAUGUAGUGAGUGUGGGAAGACUUUUCCCCACAAGUCCAGUCUGAUUUUACAUCGGAGGAUUCACACGCGAGAGAAACCCUACGAAUGCAACAAAUGUCAAAAGUCCUUCAUCAGCAAGGGGAACCUCAUAAAACACGGGAAAACUCACACAGGCGAGAAGCCGUACAGGUGCACUGAAUGCGGAAAAGCUUUCUCUCUGAAAUUCAACCUUACUUUGCACCAGAGGACGCAUACUGGAGAGAAACUGAAUGAAUGCAGCCACUGUCAGAAAGCCUUCAUCCGCAAGUCACAGCUCAUCGAGCACCAGAGGACUCACACCGGGGAAAAACCCUUCCCUUGUACAGAAUGCCUGAAAGCCUUCACCCGGAAGUCAGAGCUCAUUUUCCAUCAGAGAAUCCACAGCGGAGAGAAGCCAUACGAAUGCAGUCAAUGCCAGAAAGCCUUCAUGCGGCAGUCGGAACUCAUUCUCCACCAGAGGACGCACACGGGAGAGAAACCUCAUGGGUGCAGUCAGUGCCCGAAAGCCUUCAGAACAAAGUCACAACUCAGCAUCCACCAGAGGACGCACACGGGAGAGAAACCCUACGGAUGUGGCGACUGUGGGAAAGUCUUCACACAGAAAUCACAGCUGGUUGCGCACCAGAGAACUCACACAGGAGAGAAACCGUACGAGUGCAGCCAGUGUCGGAAAGCCUUCAGUACAAAGUCACUGCUCAGCAUCCACCAGAGGACGCACACAGGCGAGAAACCCUACGGAUGCAGCGACUGUGGGAAAGUCUUCACACAGAAGUCACAGCUGGUUGCGCAUCAGAGAACUCACACGGGAGAGAAACCGUACGAGUGCAGCGAUUGUCAGAAGUCCUUCAGUCGUAAGUCCCCACUUGUCAUCCACCAGCGAACCCACACGGGGGAAAACCCCUUUGUGUGUAGUGAGUGUGGGAAAGGCUUUCCCUGGAAGCCUGGCCUCAUCAGACACCAGAGGACUCAUAAAGAGAAGCAUCAUGAGUGCCGUGAAUGUGGGAAGUUGUUCCGAGUCAAGUCACACCUUGACACACAUCAAAAAACUCACUUGGGAGAGAAGUCCUGUGAAUACAGAAAAAAUAGGAAAGGCCACUCCUCCCAUUAG